AUGGACAAACAAGAAAGCCUUUCUGUUGCUGAGACAAAUAAAAUAAGAGAAAAGCUGGGUUUGAAGCCUAUUCUAGUGUUUCAAGAAAAAAAUGUAGGCAGCAAAGAAUCUUUGUCAAUCGAAGAGACAAACAAAUUAAGGGCUUCCCUUGGCCUGGAGCUUAUCCCGUCUCAACAAAAUAUAAACGUUUCCCACAAUAAUAUGUCUAGUACUGCCAAGGAGAAUGCACUUCGAGAGAAGAUAACAAAGUUUCAAAAUGCUAGCAAUCUUCUACGGAAGCCGCGCCUAUUUGAAGAAACCGGUUUUAAUGAAGGCAGUUCUUGGCUAGAAAACCUUAAUGCAAUUACUUCAGUAGAUGAAGCCAAACCUUCCAGUACGGUGUUGCCACAUGAAGAUGUGUCAAGGGAAGACGAAGAUGUUCAUCUGCAUGAUGUUCAGGUUUCCUAUAAUAUCGACGAACUCAGCACAAAAAAAGAUACAAUCUUAACUUUGAAAGAAACAAGUAUUUUUGAUGACGUUGAUUCUUCUGAUGUAUUAGAGAAUGAAAAGGCCGCUCAGGAAACUACUGAUAGGAAAAAACUACGGUUACGGCAAAUGAAUAAAGAAAGAAGGCAAAAGAGAAUGGAAUUACAUGUUUCUAGCUUAGAUAUUGAAGAAGAAGAAAUGCAUUCGCAUGCAAAUGCACAUUUGAUUAUUGGAGUAGAGCAAGGGAUUAUGAAGGUACCAAAACCUACAUCUGUCAAACUGCCAGCAGGAAAGGUUAAAGUAAAUUUCGACCACGUAAAUGAUAGUUCAGAUGAAAAUGGUGGAGACUUCAAAUCAUUAAAAAUAAAGAAACGUAAAAUUAAGGAUCCAAAAUCUUCUAAAUCCAGGAAGUUUAAAAUUGCUCAUAAGAUAGAAGGUGUUAAGCUAAUAGACGAAGAUGAAAAUUUAUCCUGGAUGGACGAAGAACAACCAGUCAGUAUAAUAAAUCUGAGGUCAAAUACGAAGGAUGAAUUGAAAAGCGCAGAUCACCUUGCCAGAGAAAUUGAAAAAGUGAGGGAUGAAAAGAAGCGGCGUGCCGAAGAUAUAUCAAAAAUGCGUGGGAACUCCGAUAGCCUUAUUAUUGACGAAAAGGUUACCUUUUUAAACACUUUAGAUGCGGGCUUUCUUGAGGGAAAUGCUAGCAAGAAUGAAGUAAAAUUGGAUAACGAAGAAAAGAAAAAUGUCGGGUAUAUCACUGGUCAAUAUUUAAAAAAAGCGAAUGACAAUUGUGAGCUUUCUGAAAUGGUUAAUAAUAAAUCAAAAAAUGAGCAGGAUAAUAAAGUCGCACCAGACUUUUUUUCUGGCCUUGCAUCAACAUUAGGGGCAUUCCGGAAAAAAAGUAUUCCUGGCCUAGAUAAUGUUCGGCCAAAGGUAGCAAUAGAUGCUAAACAAACCAGUAAUAUCGAACUACUUCGGAAGAGAGUUCUGAACAAAGAAAGUAUGGACUCUAAUACUUACAUAAAUGAUGAAUCAUACAAACUGAACCGAUCUGAAGCCAGCGAGGGCCCAGAUAAUACUACAAGUACUCAGCAGAGUAGGCAAGAUCAUUAUGAUCCUGAAAUACAACUUAUUUACAGAGAUGAAAAGGGAAACCAACUGACUACUAAGGAGGCAUAUAAAAAAUUGUCACAAAAAUUUCAUGGUACAAAGAGCAACAAAAAAAAGAGAGCAAAAAUGCAAUCUAAAAUUGAAGCCAGAAAAAACAUCUUUGAGGAUGAUAGCGUAUUAGAACUCGGUAAUAGAUAA